AUGGCGCUGCCCUGGGCAACGCUCCUGCUGCUGGCCUGGUGGCUGGCCGCUGCCCAGGGCUCCCCGGAGCACUCGGAGGACCAGACCAGCCCCAACAGAUCUCGGCCCUUGCACAUCCGGACGGACCAGAACCUGCUGGUGCUGACAACUGACGGCUUGGAGCAGAUGCUGGGCCAGACCCGCUUCCUCAUGGUGCUAUUCCACAACCCGUCCGCAAAGCAAUCCCAGAGCUUGGCCGAGGAGCUGGGCAAAGCCGUGGAGAUGCUGGGCAAGGGCAAGAAUGGGGUGGGCUUCGGCAAAGUGGACAUCACGGUGGAGAAGGAUCUGCGGGAGUUGUUCAAGGUCCAGGAGGCCCCAGAGCUGAAGCUGUUUUUCGAGGGCAACAGAUCGGAGCCCAUCAGCUGCCAAGGAGUGGUUGAAUCGGCUGCUUUGGUCGUCUGGUUGAGAAGACAAAUUCGCCAGAAAGUGUUUCUGUUCACUGACAUCCAGGAGGUGGUCAUCUUUGUGAACUCCAGGCCCUUGGUCAUCAUGGGCUUCUUCCAGGAUUUGGAGGAAGAAGUGGCGGAAUUGUUCUAUGAAACUACCAAAGACUUCCCAGAGCUAACCUUCGGUGUGAUAUCGAUUAGCAAUGCAGCCGGGGGAUUCCAUGUCAUCCUGGACAGUGUCCUGGUGUUCAAGAAGGGGAAAGUCAUGGUCCGCCAGGAGCUGAUCGACGACAUGCACAACAAGCAGGACCUCAGGCAGGUCAUAAAGCGACAACUUACCCAUUUGGUUAUUGAGUACAACUUGGAGACUAAGGAUCUCAUCUAUGAGCUGCAAGUUGUGAACCACAUGAUGCUUUUUGUUUCCAAAACUUCAGAGGCAUCUGACCCCAUCAUCCGGGAUUAUAAAUUGGUAGCGAAGGAAUUCCAGAACAAGAUCCUUUUCAUCCUGAUGGACACGGAUGAACCCAGAAACAGCCGCAUCCUCGAAUAUUUCCAGAUCACAGAGGUUGACAUCCCCUGUGUCCAAAUUCUAAACUUAAGCGCGGAUGCAAGGUAUAAAAUGCCGUCAGAUGAGAUAACCUAUGAUGAGCUCAGGAAAUUUGGCCAGAACUUCCUGAAAAACAAAGUCAAGAAACACCAGUCGAGUGAAGAGGUUCCAAAGUUCUGGGACCAGAGGCCGGUGAAGCAGCUGGUUGGGGACAACUUCAACUCCGUUGUCUUUGACAAGGCGCGGGAUGUGUUUGUGAUGUUCUAUGCUCCUUGGUCUGAGAAGUGCAGAGUGCUGUUCCCCGUGUUGGAGGAGCUGGGCGGACGGUAUCAAAACCACCCCACAGUCACCAUUGCCAGAAUUGACAUCACGGCCAAUGACCUCCAGCCUACAUACCUGGACCGGUACCCCUUCUUCAGGUUCUUUCCCACGGACUCUCAAGAAGCUGUCCGCUAUGAGGGAGAACACACCCUGGAGGCCUUCACUAACUUCCUGAAGAGCCAAGUCAAGAUCAGGAGGGAGGAUGAAGAUAAGCUCAUGUCUGUGGAGCAAGAUGAAGAAGAAAUUGAAGCGGAGAUCAUUGAGCACAUGGAAAGACCUCCUAAGAAGAAAGAGUUACUGAAACAGAAGUUACCGGAGUUGGAGAAUGCAACCAAGCUGGAAGAGCCAGUUGGGGGGGAUCAAAUCACCAAGAAAGCUGCUAAGCCAAAGAGACCUCCCCAAAGAGAGACGAAGCCGAGGGUGAAGGAAGAACUGUAG